AACUUCAUUAAAAAAAAUUCAAGCGCAAAACAAACUCCCGUUUCCUAUUUCCCAAUUCCUAAUUGUACAUUCUUUAUCGCUCGGCGUCUCUCUGCGUUUUUUGCUUCCUGAGGAGGUGCUGGAACGAAUCACCUCACCUCUUCGGAAACCUCACCGGGAAAAGAUCCGUAAUCAAUGGCGUCUGAGAACUACUCCGACAAAAAUGCUGUAUUCAGAAAGCUCAAAGCGAAAUCCGAUAAUAAGAUGUGCUUCGAUUGCAAUGCCAAAAACCCGACAUGGGCAUCCGUGACGUAUGGGAUCUUCCUUUGCAUCGACUGCUCCGCUGUUCAUCGCAGCCUUGGAGUACACAUCAGUUUUGUCCGGUCUACUAAUUUAGAUUCAUGGAGUCCCGAGCAAUUGAGAAUUAUGAGCUUUGGGGGAAACAACCGUGCACAGGCUUUCUUCAAGCAACAUGGAUGGAAUGACGGGGGGAAAAUUGAGGCAAAGUAUACAUCUAGAGCUGCUGAAUUGUAUAGGCAAAUACUUUCAAAAGAAGUUGCCAAAAGUAUGGCAGAAGAUGCAGGCUUGCCAUCGUCACCUGUAGCUUCUCAUUCAGCCCAGGUGUCCAAUGGACUUCCUGAUGUCAAGGUCGAUGAAACUCCUAAAGAAAGUUCAUUAGGAAGGCAAGAAACACCUGAUGUUUCUCAUUCCCUGAGAACUUCCCAUCCAGUUAUUACCAGUUCAGUAAAGAAGCCUCUUGGUGCGAAGAAAACUGGGAAGACUGGGGGACUUGGUGCUAGGAAGCUUACUACAAAGUCUAGUGAAAAUCUAUAUGAUCAAAAACCUGAAGAACCAGUUCUUCCAGUUUCUUCUCCUACUAACAACGCUCCAAAAGCUGGUGCAUCUUUUGCAUCUCGCUUUGAAUAUGUGGAUCAUGUCCAAUCUACUGAGCUAACUACUGGAGGUCCACAAGUGAUUAACCAUGUAUCUCCACCAAAAUCAUCAAGCUUCUUUGCAGAAUUUGGAAUGGAUGGUGGAUUUCAGAGGAAAUCAAGCUCAAACUCCUCAAAAGUGCAGAUUCAGGAAACAGAUGAAGCAAGGAAGAAGUUCUCAAAUGCGAAAUCAAUCUCAUCAGCCCAGUACUUUGGCGAUCAGGGGAAAGCCACUGAUCUUGACACUCAAGUUUCUUUGCAGAGAUAUUCAAGUUCCUCGGCAAUCUCCAGUGCUGAUCUUUUUGGUAACGGCAAUGAUAACUCCAUUGAUCUUGCUGCGAGUGACCUGAUUAACCGGUUAUCUUUUCAGGCACAACAGGAUAUUUCUUCCCUGAAGAAUAUUGCAGGGGAGACUGGGAAAAAACUCAGCUCAUUGGCAUCCUCCUUAAUGACAGAUCUUCAAGAUCGCAUCCUCUGAUAUGGGUGUUUUUGUAUGUUAAGAAAAAAAAUUAUAUAUAUCCAAAAAGUUUGUCACAUUACCAGUCAAUAUUUGUGUAGUGAAAAUGUAAAUUCUUUCAGAAGACAGAAUAAAAAAAUAUUAUGUGUUUAGUAUAUUUCACCUGGUAACUCUCUCUUGUCAGUUUGUAAACGAGAGAAGGUUUCUUGCAGUGUAUUCAAAAGAGGUGUAGAAACUGAAAUUAUGAACAAUUUUUUUAUGCUUUUAUGAGAAUACUACAUAAACUUGUUUGUGUUGCA